AUGAACGACGAAAAAUAUUUCUCACUGAGCAAUGUUGAUAUACCUGGCAAUGCAUAUUAUUAUACAAGUGACAAAUCUAUAGCACAACCUGACAUCAAGGACAAGAAUAAAAUGAAAUAUGAACCAAAAAUCAUGCUGUGGUUAGCUGUCUCGUCAAAAGGUAUUUUGGAACCAUACGUUCAUCGAAGCAAGAGUGCCAUUGGUGGUGAUAUUUAUCUUAAUCAAUGUGUUAAGUCAAAAUUGAUUCCAUUCAUCGAAAAGCACCAUAGCAACGAUGAAAUAUUAUUUUGGCCAGACCUCUCAAAAGCUCAUUACUCAAAGGAAGUUUUAGAUUAUUUGGAAUCAAUAUCUGUACCAAUCGUACCGAAAAUCAAUAAUCCACCUAAUAUAUCACAAGGGCGUCCUAUUGAAGAUUUCUGGGGUGUCUUGGCUCAAUUAGUAUACAAAAAAAAUUGGGAAGCACAUACUGUAAAACAAUUCGAACAUCGGAUAAAAAAAAGAUUGAAAGAAGCUGAUAUAUCAGUUUUACAACGUAUGAUGGACGAUGUUCGAAAGAACCUCCGAAAAAUGUAUACUGAUGGCGUUUUUUCAACUUGCCAUUAUAAACGUUUGUUGUAG